AUCCGUUUCGUAUUUUUCGCGACUAGCGCGAAAUAGGAAAGUCGUAUGCGGCCGUCGAUACGGCCGCGAUAGGGUUGACAUUUGCACGACCGGCAAAGAUUAACCGGCUAAAUUAAAAAGUCACGCAACCCUGCUAAUUGAGGGUCAUUUGUUACAUUUUCGUAUUAGCAGUAUUGUAAUAGAAAAUUCUGACAGCUCGGAACCGUCACAAGAAAUAAUGUCGUUUUUAUUACAUUUUUUGAUAAAUUAUUAUUCUAGUUUCGUCUCGGCGAGCGUUAAACGGCCUUAUCGAUUUUCCUAUUUAGCGCGCGUAACUAUUUUGUACGUUUUCUCGUUCGCGGCGUUUCUAGCUUUCGAAAAAGGUAUUCAGUUUUCUUGAGUUUGCAGUCGAGGCCUCGGUUCGGUAAAUUGGUAAUAAUUCCGUUGAUUACACAGUAAUACGGUGUCCGAAUAUGGGUUAGCGCCUUGCGGAGUGUUCUGUGACUGUUAUACGUUAAAUCCUGUGAUAUAUCGUGUGGUACUCAGUGUUUUUAUUACAAAUUUUGUUUGGAUAGUUUGGAGUGGUAAACAUUCAGUUUUGUGAAAGUACUCGAUAGUAAUUGUGUUUUUGCGGAUGCCGAUUGUGCCUAUGAGGAUGUUCUGGGUGUACCAGGCGCCCAGAAGUGUCCAGAAGACCACGGAACCCGAGUGACAGCUGAAAUAGUUGCAACUUCCUUGUAUACUCAUACACCACCGAAGUCCAACAUUCCAUAGUAACUUAGGAAAUCGUGUACCUAAUUUGAAAUUAUUUAAAUUACUUGAUAUUGUAAAUAUAGAAAAAGUGAUCGACCAAAAUUUUCUACCAAACUUUAAUGUCUAGUUAAAAUAUGUUCAAACCUGCCUUUGAUACCAAAGCCUUAUAUAUUUAUUGGUGUGCAUAAAUUAAUGUGUGAGUGUUUAAAUAUCCAAUUUAAAUUAAGCUAAAGUUGUGUCAAGUUCACUUUGACACACAGUUCUAAAGUCACAAAACAAAUUAAAUAUAUUUAUACAUACUUUGACACAACCUGCGUCCACUUUGACACGAUAAGCCGCUGGACAUGUUGGCUUUGACACGCCAAGCGGCAUAACGCGUCCGCUUCGACACGCCAAGCGACACUGCAAAUGCCUUUGACACGAGCUGUCAAAGCGAUCGAGCCUGCCAGUUGGGAACAGUGAGGAUAUAAAUGAAGAUGAUGCCCCAGCAAUAUUGUCUGCGGUGGAAACACCACCACACCAACGUGCAGAAUAUGUUCGCGCAGCUUCUUGAGAAAGAGAGGUUUUGUGACGUCACACUGUACUGUUCGCCGAGCUUCGCAACCCAAGUGCCGGACAAGAACACGGUCGACUCGCAAAACAUUCGAGGAGUGUCGCUCAGGGCACAUAGGGUGGUGCUAGCAGCAUGCUCGGAGCUGCUCGGCGCUCUGCUCGGCGCACACGACGCGCUCGGUGAACCCGUGCUGGUCAUAGACGGUGCUGAGCCCAAACACCUACGAGCGUUGCUCGACUACAUGUAUACUGGAGAGAUGAGCGUGCAUCAUUCGCAGCUAGCCAGCCUGCUGAAGACGGCAGAGGAGCUCCGCAUCAAGGGUCUGACGGACAUUCGGUGGAAUAACAAGGAUGAACCUCCCGACUGCCCGGCCGGGGGAAUAAUAACAACUACAUCAGGAAAACGCACGCCCGAACGCAAGAGCCCCGAGCCGAAACACGCCGAGUCGAAACAUGCCGAGCCGAAACACGCCGAGCCGAAACAUGACCCGAAACAUGAGUCUAGCCCUAUGGAGAACAUGUGUCCCGAACUGCGCGCGUAUAUGAAGAAAGAUGACAGCGACUCUGAUAGUAGACAGGAGAAGUUUAAUGUUAAUGGAGGUCCCCCGCCGUUGAUAAAGCUGCCUACAAAGGAGAAGACCAGUCCGAUCAAGCGAGAGAACUCCGACACUGACACGCCCAGUCCGAAACGGCAGAGGCUCGCGAGCGGCCCAGAGAACACCGACGAGGAAAGCUACCAGUCCAAGGCGGAACGAGAUCAAGAAUGGCAGCAUGGCAAUCUGGACAUAUCAGCAGAACGUGUGGUAGGCUGGGGCAUGACGGGCAUGGGCUGGUCUCGCGACGGCUCCGACGACGAGUGGGGCGACGCCCCUGCAGACAUCGGGUCCUUCUUGCACACGAGGCUCAGAGUCGACGGGGACAAUAGCGCUGACGAGGAAUCGACCGAGGAAAGCUCGAACCCGGGCCCGGCGAGUACAUCCGCGCCCUCGACUAUAACUGGCUGCGCGGGGAUAGCGCCGUCGGACAUCAAGAUUGAUCUCAUACACGCGCCACUGCUCGGCAAAUCAACGUCGACGAAACCGACCCAGUUGGACCCCCGGUUCACGGACGUCGUCAAACUGAACGAUUACCUUCAACACGGCAGGCGGCCGCAGUUCUGGGAGGAAAACUACGUCAGGAGGGUUAUGGAGGCUGUGAGACUAAAAGAGCUGGAGAUGAAGCAGGCCGCCGAGAUCCUGGGUGUGAGCUACGGCACCCUGUAUGGACGGUAUCGCGACGUGUACGGUUGUAUCAACCGCCCGUACAGUGUAUCAACAAAGAAAAUUUUUGAUAGAACCGCCCGCGACUUCUGGCAAGCCAAGGGGCCGUCUGAGGUGCUGGAGCGGUUACAAAGGGGGGAGGUCUCGGUGGAGGCCGCUUCGCAGGCGCUGGGGGUCACGCCGACCACGCUCGCCGCUUACGUAGCGGAUGUUGGUGCUACUGAAAAAGAUUUCGAGCCGAUACCAAUAGAGAUUGAUCCGUCGCUGAAGAUGAAGUCACCUCGGCCAUUCCCCAAGCCGCGCUACAAAACGCCCACAGCUGGCGACAAGCCGGUGCGCAAGGUGGUGGUGGGCAGCCUGGAGGAUGAGGAUAUCCCCGCCGCCGUCAUCGCCGCACACGAUGCGCUUGCGCAGCCCGCGCACAGCCCCGCCGCUGCCGCCGCCGCCGCUGCCACCAUGUCUGGCAAGUGGCCAACCAUCCGCGUAGCGCAACUGGACACGCUCCGCAGCGACCCCGCGCCCACGCCGCCCACGACCGCGCCCACCUCGCCCUCGCAGCUGAUGCGCACGCGCCCAGACCUGACCAUCGUGGCCGCGCGCCGCGACAAGCGAGACGACGACCACGCGUGAUCGUAAUAUACCCUAUCACCACCAACAUUAUGACCACACGUGAUCGUAACACCGCGGUGCCGGGAUCACGAUCCAACGUGGGCGCGGCGGACACAGAAUUCUGAUCUCGCUCGAUCAGGUAAGCCGAGAUUAAUUUAAAGGAUCUAUGUGCAGUUAAAAUGAAGUUUAUUGUGAUCAUGACAAUGAAAUCUUAGUUAUUUACUUUGAUAUUUAUGAUCACGAGGUUUUUGAUCAGGAAUGAUCGCAGGAUUUUGACCGCUUCGACCACUGAUAAAAACAAAAAAGACAAUCUCAUACAUAAUUAUAUUCCAUAUAAUACUUGUAUAAUUCAGAUCAAUAAAAUAUAAGAUAGUAAAAUAUAAUUAUAAAAAAUAAUAACUGAAUUUUAUAUGAUGAUCUUUUUUGGAAAUAUGAAAAUUGUCGUGUAAAAUAAAAUAUGAAUAUAGGUUUCAUAUUUUUCUGUUAUUCAUAUUGUAAAAAAAUGUUGAUUCUCAAGUAAAGGAAUAUGUAAUAUAUGUUAUAAAAAUGUAAGUUAUGUGUAUUAUAAUAUUAGUUUAAAUUAAUAAAAAAUAUAGUGUCAAUUCGAAGAUUUUUUCUUAAAUUUAAUUUAAGUAUAACCCGUCAUUUUCUAAUACGCCGAAAGGGAAAGGGAUAGCCGAUUUAAACUUGUCAAAAAAAGAAAAUUUUAAUACGUAAACUCAAAGAUAAAUUAUACGUUUAUUUUGUCGAUUUUCUGUCCCGUUACCUUUUGGCUAGAGUAGAAAAUGACAAGUAAUACUUAAAAUAAAUUUAAGAAAUGUUUCUACAAGUUGACACCGUUACUCUCAAUCGUAGAGAGAUGACUUAAGCCACGAAAGGCUAUCAAACUCUGUAGUUAUUAUUUAGUGAUAAAUGUUAUGAUAAUUAAAACAGUGUAUAUGUUAUAGGCGUGUAUAUCAAAAUGUAAAGUUGACGUUGACAAAAUUGUAUAGAGAACAAAAUGAAAUUAUGUAGUUAUAUAACCAUGGCGCCAAUUCUGGCAGGCAGAAACUUUAUUUUAUUUUAAGUUGAUAGGUUUAAAAAUAGUGCCGUUCUCCUCUUACGGUUGGUGCAAGAGAGUCAGUUCAGUUUUAGAACAGUCAAAUUAAAAUAAAUUUAAGUUAUGUAUCGGCACCAAUGUCGAAUUUACAGGACAACUUAAAUCAUAGUUUGAUAGUUUUAGAAAUAGCGCCGUGUUUAGUGAAAGAAGGAGAUAGCUAUAGCUAGUUUUAGAAAUGUCAAACUAAAGUUGAGUUCCGUAGUACUGAUUCGAGCGCCACCUAAUUAAUUUUAAACUUAUUUGACAGUCCUAAAACUAGCUCUAUCUCUUUCUCGCGAUUAUAGUAAGUGAAGGACGGCAGUAAUUUAAGACCUGUCAAUUUAAAAUGAGCUUAAACUUGUGUCCGUCAGAAUCGGCACCAGUGACAAGUUUAUUUUUUAAUUUGUCGAUGGAAUUAACUUGUUCGGACAUCUUUUUAAAUGAGAUUUUUUUUAUACAAUUAUUGGAUUCAGAUUUGGAACCGAUCAAAAGGUUUUUGUUUCCAAUUACUUAUUUUAAAACUAGUCUUAAUUUCGUAAUAUUUUUUUUUAUUUCCUUUAAAUAUUUGUUUAGUAAAAAAUAUUAAUUCUACCUACAAAUUAAAAAAAAGUGAGUCGAAUAGAUAGAUUCCUAGCGUAUUAAAAAACCUAAAGUUUUUUUAAGUAUCCCUUACUAUAUUAUUAUUUAUUAAUUUAGUAAUAAUAUGUUAGGAAGUUAUUUUUUUUAAGUUUUAUGUAUUAGUCUCAUGCAAAAUUUUAGUUUUACUCUCCUUAUACUUUUUAAAAAGGUGGGCUUAUCUAGAAGAAGUUUCUUCCAACCGUGUGUCAAAUGAGAUUUUAUGUAGUUUUUAUUUGUUUUUUUUUAUUAGUUUAUUAAAGGACAGAUUUCUGUUGUUUUUUUUUUAUUUUUUUUGCAAGAUAAUCGCGAAAUAAAUUAAAAAAUCAUAUUUUGUUUUAUGUUGCUGUUAAGGUUAAGGUCAAUACACAUAGAGGCGACUCCGCGAGCGUUCCGGGAUGAGAUUUUAUAUCAUAUUCGAGGCUUCUCUCGUGUGGGUUGUAAGAUCAAUUACCAACCCCAUCAACCCUGGUGUCAGGGUUACUAUUGAACCGCCAAAGGCCCCU